UAAAUGCCUUCCAUUAUCUCUCUUCUCUUCUCCUCUCCUCUCCAGCUAGCAAACCUCUCUCUAAAAAUAUCCUAAAAUAGGAAAAUUAGAACUCCCCAAUAUCCAGCUUCAUUCUUCCAUGAAACGAAAUUAUGAAUCUUUCUCCAUCUAAUCAUGGACUCCACUUCUCACAAGGAUUACUACAAGAUCUUACAAGUAGAUUAUGAUGCAACUGACGAAAAUAUCCGAUUGAAUUACCGCAAGCUCGCUUUGAAAUGGCAUCCUGACAAACACAAGGGUGAUGUUGCUGCCACCGCUAUAUUUCAAGAAAUUAAUGAAGCUUAUUCUGUGUUAAGUGAUCCGGAUAAGAGACUCGAGUAUGAUUUGAAUGGAAACUAUGAGAUUGAUAAGUACACCCUACGGGAGUAUUUAUCGAGAUUCAAAGGAAUGAUACUCACCUGUAAUGGUCUUGGCAUCAGCCAAACAUCAAAAUGGUCACAGACACUUGUGGAACUUAAUGAUUUAAAAGAAAAUUGAGGUUUGGAGAGAGUCAUUUUAUUUCUUCACCAUUCUCCAUCUCAAUAUUCUUGUCUGUUAACAUUAAGAGAUGAGACAAAUAUUUGUAUCAUAUUGUUAAGAAAAGCAAUGCAGAAAAGUUGAUGAAAACGCCAUUCCGGCUA